GGCAGGGCUGUAGUUUCCCUUUGACAGCAGAGACUCGGUUAGCCUGACAGCUAGCUGCUCAGCACUCAGCGCUAACGGCAGAUAUAGGCGAACUGCUGUGUUGUUCAGAGAGGCCAGAAUGGAUUUGAAGAAUUUUCUGGCACAGCUCGACGCAGCCAACGAAGAUGACACAGAGAGGCUUUUGCAGCAGUAUAACCGAGAGAACACUCAGACUUUCACUUUUGACCAAAAGGAAGAAACUCUGCGGAUUAAACUCUGUGAGAGAGUGCUAGCAGUCCUUGGGAGACAGGUUCAGCCCACCUGUCAGAAAACCUGCCUGGAGACGCUCCGCAUCUUGUCCAGAGACAAACAUGUCCUGGCACCUGUAGCCACCAGAGAAGGCAUGCUGAUUCUAGCAGGCAUGGCGAGGCUGCGUACUGGACAGGAAGACGGUGACGACCAGGAGAACCCUCAGGGAUACACGCAGUCACAGGAAGAGGAGAGAGUGGUGGUGGAAGCCUUGAAGUGCUUGUGUAACGUGUUGUACAACAGUCCUGCAGCGCAGCAGGUUAGUGUGGAUGUUCACUUGGAUCGCGGUCUGUGUGCCAAUCUGCGCACAGCCAGAACAUGGCACCACGAAGUGGGCUUGUUCACCCUGCGCCUCCUCUUCUUGCUUUCUGCCCUCCGGCCUGAUGUGAGGGGUGUUUUGAGGAGCAAAUUGGACGCUGUGAAACUGCUGACAGAGGUGCUGGAGCACACUCUGAAUGUGAACUGGGUCGGCCCCUAUGAAGCUGCCUGUCCAGGUCCGGAGGUCCUGCUCCUGCCCACAGAGAGUAACGAGAGAGCCAUGGAAGCGCUGAAGGCCUUGUUCAAUCUAACGCUGUCAGAGGCUCGGAAUGAGGAGGAUCAACACCAGUUCCGGCUCAUCGCUGCUAUCCUUCGUCACCUGUUGCUGCUGAAGACGGAGACGGAGGAGAAAACAGAGGAAGCACACAGUCAUGCCGUCAACCUGCUGAACAACCUGCCCGUGUCCUGCCUGGAUGUCUUGUUUGAUGUGCCCGUCCAGGGAGGUGUGGACAAUCACGGUGGGAAAAACAUGGAGGCGGUGCAGGUGCUGCUUGACUUCAUGGAGGGCAGAAUUGACAAGGGCUCCAACUACAAAGAGGGACUGACGCCUGUGCUCAGCCUCCUAACUGAAGGAUCCCGAUGCCACCGGGAGAUCCGCAGAUACAUCAAAGCUAAGGUUCUCCCCCCACUGAAAGACGUGAAGAAUAGACCAGAGAUCGGCACCACCAUCCGGAACAAACUGGUCCGCCUCAUGACACACGUGGACAUGGGGGUGAAGCAGACGGCGGCGGAGUUCCUCUUUGUCCUCUGCAAGGAAAGCGUGGACAACCUGUUGAAGUACACUGGAUACGGAAACGCGGCGGGACUACUGGCAGCUCGAGGGCUCCUGGCAGGAGGAAGAGGAGACACUCAGUACUCUGAUGAUGAAGACUCAGACACGGAAGAAUACAAAUCUGUCAAACCUUUUAUCAACCCAAUCACGGGGCACAUUGAGGAGCCCAUGCCAAACCCCAUUGAGGAGAUGACAGAGGAGCAGAAGGAGUACGAAGCUGAGAAACUGGCAAACAUGUUCGUCAAGCUGAGCAGCAAUAACGUCAUCCGACCGAUGGGCGUCAGGCCGGACGGGACGCUAGCGCCUUUAGAGGAAACCCUUUGCGAUCCGCCCGAGGAGAACCCAGAUUCAGACUCUGACUAGCACAGCAGCUCGUAUCCAGGCUUACAGGCUGAGCACACUGGGUAGGGGGGGGCAAAAACAUCCAGACCUGUGUCCCAUGUCAAGGGCUGAACCCUUCUGUGGAUUCUCCGAAGUGAGCUCUUGUAGCAUACCAAACAACCGGCAUGGCGUCUGCUCAAAGGCACAAAAAGUUUCAACUUCAGGGGCAGACUUAGACGCACUAAAAGUAAAGUGAAUGUAUUUGUGG